AUGGAGGAGCAUAUCAAGACGUUGAUUGACGAGCUUGAAGGAGACGAAGACGUCAUGGCCAUGUUUCUCAUUCCCCGGGGCACCCGGGAUCAGAUCAUCAAGAAGCUGAAGCGCUGGCUCCGACCCCUUGGAGAUAACUAUACCCCCAAAAAGCUUCGACCAGCUGUGAUAGACAAUUUCUUGCGGUCAGAGCAGCAUGGGCAAAGCCUCUUUGGAGAGGCUAGAUGGCCCGAAGUUAAUGACAGCACCAAAGAAUUCCGUGAACUCGGUGUUCUGUUCGCAGAAGAUGUUUUCAUUGACCGACGAGAGCCAGCACUUCGGCCCUUGCUUGAUGCUUUUCGAUCCGACGCAGAAGGAUCUAAGCAGGCUCUGGAAGAGUACAUCGACGCGAACUGGAGGACGAAUCCUACGAUACUAGAUAUGGAUUACGAGUCACGCCGUUACGAGGGGCUCGAGCCUGGUGCUACCAUCGCGAAACUCGCACAAUCGAUUGUUUUGGAUCCCGCACAACUCAUGCGAAGUCUUUACAAUCCUGCAAAGGGCCAGGAAACGGACGGACAAGUCUUGAAAACCCUGAGUAGCUUGUUCGAGAUUAUGUCCACUGCUACCAUGACACUCAUAAAGCGUGUGGAGAUUGAGGCAAUUGCUGGCGAAAUGGCUGAUAUACUGGAGCGAAUUCGGUACGACAAACUGACACAUCGCUCUCAAAAGCCCCUCAAGGUCGGAGCCAUCGAUGCAACUCAGUUCCCGCGACACUAUGACAGAAUUCACAUGAGCAAUGUUCCGUAA